UGCUGUCGUCACCAAAUGGCACCAUGAGUUCACCAAAUUAUUCUGGCAAUUUUGGUUAUAGUCAAUGUCCUAUGUGGAUUCGACCUCAAACUAAUUCGUCUUCCAAUUCAGCAUUGCUAAUUCGAGUUGUGAGAAAUUCUUUAGUAUAUCUGACGUCGACUUAUAACUUUAAAUUUGUCAUUGGAGAAUUACUCAUUGGAGGUCUACCAAUAGCUUUAUCUGUUCCCAACACUUGCUACGUUAUUCACUCAAUGAAUUCUUCACGCGACGGAAAUUUUGAAAUACCCAAAACUUGCAAUCCGACAUUUCACUUCUUCAAUCACGGUUCUUGUGAUGCAUCUACAGUUAAAUUCAAACCGAACACAUUUAAUUGGAGUUGGAAACCGAGAUUGUUUCAACUGUAUUACGAAUACUUGGAGGAGACAGUUCCAGUCGAAGAAAUAACAACCAACAGUCCACUACCCAUGCAUGUGACGCAUUCGUCAUCUUCUAUGCCCACAAUAUCAGAAAUCUUAAAGGUCUCAACCUACGACUCCAGCACCGCUUCAGAAUUACGUGUACAAGAUAACAACUCGACGCUGUGUGCUGAUACUAUUGGCAUGAUUGAACAAAAUGUCGGAGGAUCGUUCAGUUUCAAUAUCCUAUCAAUUGCUUUGUCAGCUCUUGCUACCGUGGAAGCGAUAAUUAUUGCGGUUCUAGUUUUUCUCAGGUGAAUAAGUCUGAUGAUUAGAAUAUACUAUGUCGGUGCCGCUUUAGUAUGCAAUCUCACAUGCU